CUUCUUCCCUCUUUCUUCUUCUCUUUUCCCCUCCCGACUCGUCUUCCCCGUCUGUUGUUUCGUCUGCACGCCUGCUUUUUGGCCAAUUCUUCAUCAUGUCGAACAACAACACCCAGAAGCCUUUGCCCUUCGGCUACCAAUUCAUUGCCGGUGCCGUCGCCGGUGUGUCCGAGAUUCUGGUUAUGUACCCCCUGGACGUGGUCAAGACCCGAGUUCAACUCCAGAAGGGCACCGCGGUCGCCGGUGAGGAAUACUACAAUGGCAUGUUCGACUGCCUGCGCAAGAUCGUCAAGAACGAGGGCUUCUCCCGCCUGUACCGCGGUAUCUCCGCCCCCAUCCUAAUGGAAGCGCCCAAGCGUGCGACCAAAUUCGCCGCCAACGACAGCUGGGGCGCCUUCUACCGCAACCUGUUCGGCGCCGAGAAGCAGACGCAAUCGCUGGCGAUCCUGACCGGUGCGACGGCCGGAGCGACCGAGUCGUUCGUCGUCGUCCCCUUCGAGCUGGUCAAGAUCCGUCUGCAGGACCGCGCCUCGGCCGGCAAAUACAACGGCAUGCUGGACGUCGUGAAGAAGAUUGUCGCCGCGGAGGGUCCCCUCGCUAUGUACAACGGUCUGGAAUCUACGCUGUGGCGCCACAUCCUCUGGAACUCGGGUUACUUCGGCUGUAUCUUCCAGGUGCGGGCGCAGCUCCCUGCCGCGGAGCCGGGCAACAAGAGCCAGCAGACACGCAAUGAUCUGAUCGCGGGUACGAUUGGUGGUACGGCUGGUACGAUCCUCAACACGCCCAUGGAUGUCGUCAAGUCCCGCAUUCAGAACACCUCGAAGGUCCCCGGUCAAGUGCCCAAGUAUAACUGGGCUUGGCCGGCCGUCGGAACUGUCAUGAAGGAGGAAGGAUUCGCCGCUUUGUAUAAGGGAUUCUUGCCCAAGGUGCUGAGAUUGGGUCCUGGUGGUGGUAUCCUUCUGGUUGUGUUUACGGGAGUCAUGGACUUCUUUAGGAAUAUGAGGGGCGAGUAAGAUCCUACUUCCUUCUAUUUCUUGUUCCCCUUUUUGAAAAUCAGUCUUUCUUGUUUAUUUUCUAUAUUUCUACUAGAGAUAGGGAUAGAAAUAGACGGGACAAAGAAAAAGAGAGAGAGAGAUAUAGGGUUGGAAGAGGUUGUUGUUCGUUUCAUGAUGAAUUUGAAAGUAGUAUUCCCCCUUUUUUUUCACUUCGAUUUCUGCUUGUUCCAUAGUAGAUACUGGCAUAUAUUGGAUGCUACUAGACUCGCACUAUCCUGGUACUAUAUAUGCAUGCAGGGUGGAUAGCUGUAUGCACAAUAGGAAUAAGCAAGUAGAAAUGAAGGGAAAAAAAAUGCAUGUGACGUGUCUGUCUAUGUAUGUAUGGACCCAUCCAAUGGAUCCAGCCCGAUCUCACCAGGAUUCAUGGUACCUACAGUAGUCGGGCAAUCAUCGUCCGGAGACACUGCAUGAGGGCGGGCGCUACGACAGACAUCAGACACCCUUGGGCUAUCAUUUGCUGGUCCGGCUCUUAGGAAAUGGGGUCUAGAACACUUCAUGUGCCUGUUCGUAGCGUGCAGGACACGUGUUGAUCCAUCUACUACUUUAUCCUUAGUUUUUUAUUGUUUGUGGCAGGGCCAAUGGUUGCAGAGACUUCCGUUGUAAC